UCGUAGAAGAAUUUGGCCGUGGUAUACCCUAUACAUUCACUCGACAAGGUUCGAAUAGCGAGCAACGCCAGUCCCAGAUAAACGUCCCAGUCAAACGUCCCAGUCGAUGAAUAAGUUUUUGGUCUUGGUUGGCAACCUUAGCCAAUACUGGGACAAUCUUUCUGCUCAUUCUUUCGCACAGGUUCUUCGCCUACGAGGACCGCACGGCACACUUCAAGACAGACCUUGGAUUCGCAGUAAGCUUUCAAUUUGCUAUAUUUUCCUGAUUUCCAUGAUGUUCAUUGGGUUGCCCUUUGAUUGACGGGAAGAGACGUCUGGUGGAUUGGAUCGCCUACAUCAAUAUCUUAUUUCAAUAGAUUCGAUGUUGUUUGAUAAAAUUCCUGGCUUACAUUCUGGAGGUGAGUGAUCAGUUGUUUUUAGCUUCUUAGUUGAGCUUGAAUUGCUGCUGAAGGUUCUACAAUGUGCUGCCUCUUUGAUUGAUUAAUUCCUGUGGCAAGAUUGCUUGCAUCAAUCUUUCGAUUUCUAAAGCCUUUUGUUCAUUCACUGAUGGAUCUGGUAUCGACAUACCGGUGCUGUUAAUUGCAAGCAGUUGUUCAGGAAAUUG